CGAAGAGAAAAGAAUCGAAACGAAACGAAACGAAAUCAGAGCCAGUGCCAGAGCAUUCCAAUCUGAUUUUAAAUGCGAGCCAUCAGCCGCCACCUACCUAAGAGUCGGGAGCAUCAUUAGCGCCCCCCAUCCGUGGGCACCUUAUCCGCACAGGCACCGCACACAUACACGCACGCAAGCGCAGGUCUUGGAGAUAGCAAAACUAUUUUCGCUUUGAUUUGGCUUUUGUUUUAUUUCCGCAUCGAAAAUGUGGAGGAAAGCGACCAAGUUAGUCGUGGAAACGACAUCACCAUCAGCAUGGAGGAAUACGCGUCGUCAGGGACAAACAGGAGCACCGACAACUGCAGCAGCAACAGCAACAACCAGGCGAACGAGGACAUCAACAGCACAAGGAUUAACCAUCACAUGGUCCCAGCUUGCCGUUGUGGUUGCUGUUGCAAUGCUGCUGAACUGCAGCGUCUGUCAAGCUGCCAGACGAGCACCGCCGGAGCCCUACUACGGCCGCUACAUCGGAGAUUUUACCAACUUUGCGCAUGGCAUCAAGGGUCACAUCUAUGCCGUGGACGAGUCAACGAUGUUCGUCAAGUCGUUCGCCUACGACGGCACCGGACCGGAUGCCUUCUUCUGGGUGGGCAAGACGGCGCGCCCCAGCCCCGAUGGCUACAUCAUUCCCUAUCCGGAGGAGUACAAGGGCGUAGAUCCACCCAUUCUGCAGGCCCACAAUAAAACGGACAUCAUACUGCGCUUACCCAUGGGCAAAAGGAUUAAGGACAUUCGCUGGCUGUCAGUGUGGUGCAGACGCUUCACGGUUGACUUUGGUGAGGUAUUCAUUCCACCUGGUCUGGAUAUACCCAAGCCGCGGGUACUGCCCGAAUUCAAGCGACUGGCCCAUGGCCUGCGAUCCAGCAACAUCAGCGUGCUAGAUGCCAAGACCUUCUACAUACCGAACCUGCACUACGAUGGCGCCGGACCCGAUGCCUACUUCUGGGUGGGCAAUGGCAGCGAACCCAACAUCAUGGGCAUAAAGGUGCCAAACGAGGUGGGAUCGCUGGAACCGCUGCGGGGCUACCAGGGCGAGGAUAUCGAGAUUCAGCUGCCGGGCAGUCUGACCGUUUACGACAUCGACUGGCUGGCCGUGUGGUGUGUGGAGUACAGGCACAACUUUGGACAUGUCUACAUACCACGGGACAUGGAUGUGCCGCCAGCCCUGGGCCAGACGAAGAUAACGCCUUCAUGGUGGUAUUCACCCACAACCACCACGCCCAGGCCGGUGUACAGCAACUGCCGGGAGAUCCUGCCCAACAAGCUGCAGGUGAAGUGGGAGCUGCAGGGUGAGUAUCUGCAGAUAGAGCUCUUUGGCCGCAUCACCGAGGAUCAGUACAUGGCCUUUGGCCUCUCGGGUGCCAAUGGGCGCGCCCAGAUGUCCCAGUCCGAUGUGGUGGUUGCCUUCUACGACACCAAUGCCCGUGUGUUCCGGGCCGAGGAUUACUUCAUCUCCGAUUUGUCGCAGUGCGAUGGACAGCGAGGCGCCUGUCCCGAUGAGCGGAUUGGGGCACGCAAUGAUGUGCAUGUGUUGAGCGGGGAUCGCAAGAACGGAGUGACUAGCAUCCGAUACAAGCGGCUGCUGCAGACGAACGAGGUCAUCUACGACUCGGCCAUUCCCAUUGACCGCGAGGUGUCCGUUAUCGCUGCCAUUGGACCGCUCAAUGCCCGCAAGGAGGCCAAUGCCCACUCGCACACAGCCGGCGACCACAACCAGGAAGACAUUCGCAUCAAUUUCUCAGCUCGGAACGAUCAUGCGUGCAAGAGUUCGCUGUACGAGGUGAAGGACGAGAGCGGACCCAGGCCAUGGCCCACGCGAAAGAUCGAAGGUGUCAGGAAGUUCCGUGCCAGCAUUGGGCCGACGGGUGGCAAGCGAGGCUAUACGUCCAUCACGGGUGUGCCCUCGUGGGGCAUUGCCUGGUAUGUGAACGAUCUGCUGAUACCUGAGAUCACUGUGGAGCGUGGCCUGAGCUACGAGUUCGUCAUCGAAGGCGGCAACGAUCCCGCCCAGCCAGCUAGAUAUCAUCCAUUUUACAUCACGGACUCACCGGAGGGCGGACUGGGCCAGAAGAUGGGUCUGGAGGCCAGGAAACAAAAGGCAUACGCCGGUGUGGAAUACGACGAAGAUGGCAAUGCCAUACCAACGGCCGCUGGACGCUAUUGCGAGUGGGAGCAUCUGACCGUCGAUCGUUCAGCCGAGAUUGAGACUUUUGAGGAGUACGUUAAAACGCUGGUCUUCAAGUGCGAGGAUGGAGAGCCGGACUAUCUUAAUUGGACAGUUCCCAUGAAUGCGCCCGAUCAGCUGUACUAUCAGUGCUUUACCCAUAAUAAUCUGGGCUGGAAGAUCAACGUGGUGGACAUGGGUGCAUCGGGUGGCUCGGUUGGCAGUUGGGCAGUAGGCCUCAUGACCUACACAAUUUCAACAGUCUUUAGUCUGGUUGCGACACGUCUCCUUCUCACUGGCCAUGUACUUGCCUGAUAGUGUUCUGGCCGUGGCCAGUUAAUUGGCAUUAAUUAGAGUUCAACUUCAAAAUGAUCCGACAGACGGGGUCUCCUGGGUCUCCGUUCUUUGAGCACAUAUCCUAGAUCACUUAACACAUAUCCCGGCCCGCACAACCUACCUGCCCUAUUUUUGUUUGGUACUUCCUUCUAUUACUCUCGACGAAUUUAUGAUUUUAUAACGAAGCCCAGAGCCGUGUCUGUUGGGUAUUGUUGGGCCGCUAGGCGAUAUUCACAACCAGGCUAAUAUCAUCUGAAAAACAUAUCUUGAUAAUAAUUCAUAAGAUGUAAAACUGUUGAAAUUAUGUGUAUGCAUGCAUGUACUGCUACGAAGGGGGGUAUGGGGAUAGAGAGUGCAAGUGGGUAGUGGGGA